AUGCGGCCGGGGCCCGCGCUGCUGCUCCUGGGCCUGGGCCUGGGCCUGGCUCUCGUCCCUCGGUCCCCGGGCCCUCGCGCACCGGGCGGGCCGGCGGACGUCCCGGGCGGCGCCCCGGCGGCCCCCGAGGCCGGCGCCCCGGCGGCCCCCGAGGCCGGCGUCCUCCCCGCCGACGCGGGCCGCUGUCCCCCCGGCGCCCCCGCGCGCGCCCCGCCCAUGGCCGGCAACGGGUCGUGGGCCGUGGCGUCGUGCCACACGAGCCCCUGCCGCAUCCUGGACGCGAGCAUCAACCGCAAGGCCCCCGGCCUCGUGCGCCUGCCCCGGGCCGAGGAGGUCACCCUGCAGGCCACCGCGCGCUGGGACUGCAUGCAGGAACGCGGCUCGCAGCUGGCCUGGCGGUUCUACGCCGUGGCCUCGGAGCACGACGUGCCCGACUGGAGCCGGCCCUUGAGACUACCGCAGCCCGGGCCCGGCGGCCUGGGCGCCUCCACCCACAUCCCCAAGUUCUCCCUGCCCUGCGGGCUGUACCUGGUCAACUUCACGCUGACCGUCCUCCCGCCGGACCAAGAUCAGGCCCCGCUCACCAAGUCCGACGCCAUCCACGUCUUGGUGGUCAUGAGCCCCCUGAAGGCCCUUCUUCUCGGGAAUGCCAAGGAGACUGUUCGUUUCUCAGAGGGACUGGUUCUGAACGGAACCAUGUCCUCCGACCCAGACGUGGGCAGCCUGGAAGACCCCUUACAGGGAGUCCAAUUCUCUUGGUACUGCACCACAAAUCCAGGCAACUAUGCUGGAGGCCAUGUAGCAGUGACCAACAAGGACGUCUGUCGCACAGAGCAGACCACGCUGGACUGGCCUUGGGCUUCAGGCCCUCUACUCACACUUUCUCCAGAAACGCUUAAAGGAGACCGCAGCUAUCAUUUCAGAAUGGUGAUCAGGAAGGGCGACAGAGCCGCAUUUUCUGAUAAAACAGUCCACGUGCUCCAAGGAACGAUGCCCACCGCGCACAUCUCAUGCAUUGAAAACUGUGACGGCUUUUUGGUUAUCUCGGACAGGUUUUCUUUGUCCCUGAAUUGCACAGGUUGUACCAGUAGGGAUCUCUAUACCUGGUCCAUCUUGUCUCCCACGGGUGAUGAGAUGAUGUUUGACUGGGUAGGACAAGCUGUUACCAGGAGGGAUGGCGCUUAUCUGUCUAUAAAAGCUUUUGCCUUCACGGACUUUUUGGAAGACAGGUUUUGGGUUUCUCUCCAGGUAGCAGGUUGGAGUGGGGUGACCUUGGACUUGAGGUACUCCUUUGUCAUUAACCAUGGUCCUGAAGUUGGAGAGUGCAAAAUUAAUCCAGCUAAAGGGAUUGCAAUUCUCACUAAAUUUGUCAUCAAGUGUAGUAAUUUUAAGGAUAAGAACAUCCCUCUUACGUACAAAGUAAUAGUUGCUGAUUUAGAUGGCACCAGCAGAAUCAAUUCUGUUACAGAGAAUACCCUGGGGGCCAUCCUGUACUUGGGGACAAGGUCCACAACACCCCCGACCUUUCUCCCUGUUGGCCAGCUGGUGAAUCGUUACAAGUUGAAGAUGUAUGCUCAGGUUUAUGACUCCCUGGGAUCCUUUACCCAGGUGACUCUGUAUGCCACCGUAGGGGCUCCUACAGACAGAAACCCUUCCCAGAUGGUGUUGUCUCAGCUGCGUAAUUUCACUGAGGGACCGACUUCAUUGCUGUCGACUUUGCUUCAAAAGCAGGACUGGUUAUCUGCAGGCUACUUACUAUACAUAGUAGCUUCCAUUUUAAACAACCUGAAAGUGGACCUUACUCUCCAAAAGAGCAAAGACAGCUUGAGAGAGCACCUUGUCAAUCAGUCUUUCGAACUCCCUGUGAGCACUUUGGAUGAAAUCUGCCAGGUUGUGACGGCGAUUACCAAGUUAACUCAGAAAGCCUCAGAAUUCACUCCAGUUGCUCAGAAGCGUGCCACGGUGAGGCUGUGGGAAGCGAACCAAGCCCUGCAAAGGUGCCAGCGCAAAGACAAGUGUGUUCACUCUGACAGGAUUGAAACCAUGAGCACUGGCAUAUUCAUGAGUCUGUCCAACAUCCUUAAACUGUUGACACCCUACGAAGUGUUCGAAGAUCCUUUCUACGUAGUAGAAUCUCUGGCAGACACAAUAGCUGCUACUAAGGUGCCAGGGAGUGGGAUCACGGCACUGAGGACCUCCAACUUUAAUAUGUAUGUGGAGAAAGUUGAGAAGUGGGAUGUGACUCAGGCCUUCAGAAAUAAGAAACAGUGCCCAAACUGCUUCCACGCAGCCCUAAACGCCAGCAGGGACCUCGGUCUGCCUGCACAAGCUCCAGUUUCUAUGAUGUUCUGUGAGUUUGCAGAUGAUCCCUUUCCUUGGCUAAGUUAUCUAGAAAACACUUCUGCAGAGGUGCUUGGGUUCCGAAUGACAGGAACCACAGAUAAUGGCAGUGUCAUAGAGAUCACACCCGAUGUAGCAGAUGUGUUCCUCACCAGGAAACACCUGACCUUUGCAACUUUUAAUGUCAUGGUGGGCCCCAGCAAUGAGGGGGCCAGGUCCUCACAGAUGACGACAGGUGGCAUUAGCUUUGAGGUGGACAGCAGGAGCGUUAAGGAGGUGCUGCUCCACAUUGUGACCCAAGUGACGGUGUUGUUCAAGGUGUCGGUGUAUGCAGGCAGUCAGGUCACCCCCACUGAUCUGGUGGCCACCUUCCUUGUGCCUCAUGACACCCCCCCCACUGCCAACCAGAGCAGCCUAUUUGACCCAACAUGCACAGUCAAGGAGGCCCGUGUGGUUUGCCUGUCACCAUCCCUGCUUCAGGUCAUAGCUCAGCGCAGCCAUUCGCCCAAGUGCCACAUAUCUGUGGUCCUCCAGGCACCUCGUUUUGUCCUACAGCCCACUGACCAGCUAGUGAGAAUUGCUCUGUUCACAGUUGGCUGCUUGGACAUGUACGGGAUCCAGAAUGACUGGCAAGAAGGUACCUGUGCGCUGGGCGAGAAGACCACCUGGAAGAUGGUGCACUGUGUCUGCAGGAAUGUGAGGAGGAGCAGGCGGCAGCUGAGCUCAAUCAGACUGACCAACCUCCGUCUGCACACUCGCUACGUGACAGCCAAGGUGAUCGUGAUCCCUAACCCUGUGGAUCUGCAGCUAAAGGUCAUUAAGAACCUUCACCAAAACCCUGUGACCCUCCUGGCUGUGCUUUUCAUUAUGUUCCUAUACAUGGCGCUGGCCUUCUGGGCCUUGCACAGGGAUGAGAUGGACCAGUUUCUGUGGGACCACGUAGUAGUUCUGCCCGAUAAUGACCCUUAUGAUAGCAUGUGCUAUCUCGUCACUGUCUUCACGGGGAGUCGCUGGGGGUCUGGGACCAGAGCCAAUGUCUUUGUCCAGCUUCAGGGAACCGAGAACACCAGCGACGUGCAUUGUUUAAGCCACCCAUAUUUUACGACUCUCUACCGAGGAAGCAUCAACACUUUCCUCCUAACGACGAAAAGUGAUCUGGGGGACAUCCAUUCCAUUCGCGUGUGGCACAACAACGAGGGCCGUGCACCUAGCUGGUACCUGAGUCGAAUCAAGGUGGAAAACCUGUUCAGCAGACAAAUUUGGCUGUUCAUGUGCCGGAAGUGGCUGUCUGUGGACACCACUUUGGACGUAACAUUUCCUGCUACCCAACCAGACCAGCCUCUGGAAAGAAAGGAUUUCUUCCUGAUUGACCUGUCCAACCGGCUGGAGCACAACCACAUGUGGUUCUCCAUUUUCUCCAGCGUUGUUGCUGAGCCAUUCAACAGGCUCCAGAGGCUGUCUUGCUGCCUCGCCAUGCUGCUGAGCUCUCUUGUCUGUAACAUCAUGUUCUUUAAUCUCAACAAAAAAGAACAAAGUGGGUCCAGAGAAGGGCGCCUCAUGAGGUCAAUGAUGAUAGGAAUCGAAAGCGUCAUAAUUACAAUCCCUGUGCAAUUAUUGAUAACAUUUUUCUUCACCUACUCUCAGAAAAAACCUCGAGUGAAUCCAGAGGAGGUGGCACCUCAGAAGCACCCCCUGAUGUCAGAGGAAGAUAACCCCUGGAAAGAGCGGUUGGACAAGUGGUAUGCAUAUGAAAUUGAGAGGGAUCGCGCCGUGGAAGCUGAGAAACCCAUUUCCCCAUCCAGAGCAAAGCCAAAAGCCUUUGGGCCUACUAUUAAAGCACACAGUAAGAAAGCAGAGGCCAAGGCCCCAAUGACCAGCAAGUCUAAUAUGAGUUUCAGUAACAGUAACAAAGCUAACAAUCAAGACGCUUCUUUGAGAGCGCCCUCUUUCAGACAGGAUGAGCACACUGAGAGAAAGCUCCCGAUCGUCCUGCCCUGGUGGUGUGCUUAUAUAGCCUGGUUCUGGGUGUUCGCUGCUUCUGCGGUGUCGUCAUUCUUCAUUGUGUUUUACGGCCUCACAUACGGCUAUGACAAGUCCAUGGAGUGGCUCUUUGCAUCUCUGUGCUCCUUCUGUCAGUCUGUUUUCCUGGUGCAGCCGUGUAAGAUUAUGCUGUGGUCAGGUGCCAGGACAAAUCAACUCAAGUACUGUAAAAACCUCUCGUGGACCAGCAAGUACCGCUACUCUGAGAUCAAGCUCCCGGAAGCGAAGUUGUCGCCAAAGGAGAUGGCAGCGCUCCAUGAGCGCAUCGUCUCCAUCCAGCGCUCGCGGAUGUACCAGCCCCUCACUGAGGACGAGAUCCGGAUUUUCCGACGCAAGAAGCGGAUCAGGAGGCGGGCCCUGCUCUUCCUGAGCUACCUCGUGACCCACUUCAUCUUCCUCGCCCUUCUGCUGCUUCUUGUCGCCCUGCUGCGCCACAGCGACACCUUCUACUAUAACCAGUCCAUCCGCCACCAGUUCUCCAUGGACCUGGCUGCUGUGACCAAGCUGGAAGACAUCUACGCGUGGCUCCACAACGUGUUCUUGCCUUUGCUACACAAUGACCUGAACCCGACAUUCCUCCUUGACACCUCAUCUAAAAUCCUUGGUCUUCCACUCAUGAGGCAAGUGAGAGCCAAACCUAGCCCAAAAAGGUGCCUGCCCGCCGAGACCUUUGUGCAGAACGGCAACUCAGGAGAGAUUCGUUGUCACCUAGAGUAUGGUGUCGACCCAGAAGACAGAGAAGACUAUGCUAGCUUUUGGAAUAAAGUUGGCCAGUGGUCUACAGACAAGGAAAAUGACGGGUUUAUUUACAAGCCCCCAGAGAAGAAGUGGGUGUACCAUUCCUACGGAGUGUUACACACAUAUGGAUCUGGAGGGUAUGCCUUCUUAUUUUACCCAGAACAGCAGACAUUUAAUUCUACACUGAGGCUCCAGGAACUCCAGGGGGAAAGUUGGCUUGAUGAGAAGACAUGGGCUGUGAUUCUGGAAUUAACUACUUUUAAUGCAGAUGCCAGUCUGAUAUGCAGCAUCUCGGUGGUGUUCGAGGUCUCUCUGUCAGGGCCUGUCAACUCCAGCCUCUCUGUGUACUCCUUCUCCCUUGCUGAUUUCAACAGAAAAACCUCAUCAGAAAUCUACCUGUACGUGGCCAUACUCAUUUUCUUUUUUGCUUACAUUAUCGAUGAGGGCUAUGUCAUCAAGCAAGAACGAGCCUCCUAUAUAAGAAGUGUAUACAAUCUGCUCAACUUUGCUCUGAAAUGCCUGUUUACCAUGCUCAUCAUGGUCUUUCUUAGGAAGCAUUUCUUGGCCACAGACAUGAUUCGGUUCCACCUGUCAAACCCUGAAGCUUUCAUUCCCUUCCAUGCAGUUUCCCAAAUGGACCAUACCAUGAGGACUAUUUUGGCUUUCCUGUUGUUCCUCACCAUCCUGAAGACACUCCGGUAUUCUAGAUUCUUCUAUGAUGUGCGCCUGGCUCAGAGCGCCAUCCAGGCUGCCCUUCCUGGCAUCUUCCACAUGGCCUUGGUGGUUUCUGUGUACUUCUUCGUGUAUGUGGCUUUUGGCUACCUGGUGUUUGGUCAGCAUGAAUGGAAUUACAGCAGUAUGAUUCAUGCCACUCAGACGGUCUUCUCCUACUGUGUCUCAGCCUUUCAGAACACCGAAUUUUCCACUAACAGGGUCUUUGGGGUUCUGUUCCUGUCAUCUUUCAUGCUGGUGAUGAUAUGCAUCUUGAUCAACUUGUUUCAGGCAGUCAUCCUGUCUGCCUACGAGGAGAUGAAACAGCCUGUGUUUGAAGAACCGUCAGAGGAGGUAGAGGCAAUGGCCUACCUGUGUGGCAAGCUAAGAGUUGUGUUUGGCUUUCUGACCUUCCGAUCAAAGACCACAGACCAUCCUGACUUCUGCAGCAGCAUGCUGUAUGGGCAGCCAGAGAAGAACAGCCGCCAGUACCUAGGGCUGAAGACCAGAAACAUCAACGGGAAGAAAAUGGUUUACCUCGUUCUCUGA